GUGCUCAGUUUCAGUUUCGUUUGUUGGGAUAAGCGAAUAAAGCACGUAGGCUACAGAGAGCGAUUUGAAGAAAUCGAAACCUGUAAAUACUCAAAACCAGCUGAGUCGAAAGCAGUCACGGAGACGCGCCGAUCACGGAGCAGAAAUAAGGCUGAAGCCGCGAACAGAGCUCUGUGUGGUCUUACAGUUUUGUGCAACUUGCUGAGUCAUUUCUAAUGGAUAACUACAUUGGCAGACUAACCGAAUACAAGCAUAAAUGGCGCUUGGAAGUGAGCUAUGAAGACCUUGGCUCUGUCGGUCCGGAUCAUGUUAAAACAUUCUACCAGAGGGUAGUCAUUGAUGGUAGAGCCUACCCCAAUGGUGUGGGGAACACCAAGCAGGAAGCAAAGCAUAAUGCAGCAAAAAAUGCUCUGGAAGGCUUGUCUGAGCUUGGUCAUCAGGGCUCAGUUAACUCUAGAAGCAAUGCAGCAGAAGCUCAGACAACUCUCAGCUCUAAAGACAAAAGCUUUACAGAGACAAAUUUCAUUGGAUUUGUCAACCACUACUGUCAGAAAACAUUCCGCUCCCAUUCAUAUGUUGAAGUGAGGAGAGAUGGCCCACCUCACAAACCUCACUUUUUCUACAAACUGGUAAUUGAGAACAGGGAUUAUCCUGUGGGUGAGGGUAGGAGUGCCAAGGAAGCCAAACAAAAUGCAGCUGAGUUGGCCUGGUCUGCUCUCCAGGAACAGUCAGACUGGGACAGCAAGGUGUCUGUCAGAUCAACAGCAUCUGAAGAUGGUGCUCCACCUGUAUCAUCAGCACCAUCAGCUACACUGGACUCCAAUGAAUCAUCAUCACACAACAGUACAAGUAACCCAUCAAAUCCUUCUUCAUCCCAGACAUCUGAGACUACCACAUCUGUCAGAGAGUCUCUUGAGUCAUCAUCGCAGAGCUUGAUUGCAGGUACAAGUGAAUCAGUAAUAUUUGCAGGGUCAUCAAACCCAUCCAACGACCAGGUCCAACGACCAGGUGCAAAGCAAACCUCAAACCUGCCAAGAUUAACAGAGUUCUCUAAGAAUGCUGUUAAAAACAAGAGUGUUGAAAACGAUGUAAAGCAAACCUCAACCCAGUCAAGAUUCACAUCAGAGUUCAAUUCUAUAGAGCGUCUUGGUAAAGGAGGCUUUGGUCGUGUUUACAAAGCAAAAAAAAUACUGGUGGACCAGUAUCGUGCUGUAAAGAUUGUUCACAGUAAUGAAAAAGCUCUGCGAGAGGUUCGGGCGUUAUCGGAACUUCUUCACAGAAACAUUGUUAGAUACUACAGUUGCUGGAUAGAGGAUCACACAUACGAAGACAACAUGACGACUUCUACUGACAGCUAUUUCCAAGUUCAGAGUAAUUUACCUUCAGAGUACCUCUAUAUAGAGAUGGAAUUAUGUGACACCAAAACACUUAGAAGGUGGAUAAAAGAGCAGAACAAAGACACUCUGGAACACUCACAGAGAAGACAACAAGGCCUGUUGAUUGCCCAGCAAAUAGUUGAAGGAGUGGAGUACAUUCAUUCCGAACACCUCAUCCACAGGGACCUUAAGCCUGCAAACAUCCUGUUUGGAAAAGAAAAUGAGGUGAAGAUUGGGGACUUUGGUCUCAUCACUGAUGAACAUGAUUGCAAUGCUGAAAACCAUAUGGAGAGAACAAAAAGAACAGGAACCAGGCUAUACAUGGCUCCCGAACAAAAUGGGACAAACUAUGACCAGAAGGUGGAUGUGUUUGCUUUGGGGCUGAUAUUCUUUGAGCUUCUUUGGAAGAUUUCUACAUACACAGGCAUGGAAAGAGCAAAGAUGUGGAGUGACAUCAGAAGCCAGAAGUUCCCUCAAGACUUUUCUCUGACCUUUCCCCAAGAGAUGAAAAUAAUUCAGUCGAUGCUGCGUGAGAAGCCAAAAGAGCGGCCUGAAGUAAGAAAGCUGAAGGCCGAGCUGGAAGAGUGCGCUCAGACGUCCAAUGCUAAGAAAAACAUGCAGCGGGAAAAUCAAACCGUCAAUCAUCCUUACACCACGAGAGGGAACGAUCAUAAGCGGAUAUACGCCGAGAAGGAAGAUGGAAGGGGGAAAGGGAGCCGUGCUGUGAGCUUUGUGGGGUCUCGUCAUGAUUUUAUUUUACUCGCUGAGUCAUUAAUGAUGGCACAAACGAAAAACUACAUUGCUGAACUGAACGAGCAUGCACAGAAAAAUCACUUGAAACUGCGGUUUGAGGACGUUGGCUCUGACGGCCUUGCCCACAAUAAAAUAUUCAGCCAGAAGGUGAUCAUAGAUGGUAAAGACUACCCCAAAGGUGUGGGGAAGACCAAGAAAGAUGCAAAGCUUAAAGCAGCUGAAAAUGCCCUGAGAUGCCUGCUGGAUGGUCAGGACUUAACAGAAAAUGCAGCAGAAGCUUCUGCACCAGUUAAGACAGAUAUCAACUAUAUAUGCUGGCUCAAUGAAUAUGGCCAGAGGAACAGGUUAACUGUAAAGCCUGUGGAGUCAACAAGACCGGGGCCUCAUAAUAUUAUCCCGUGGUGUAGCUUCAUGGUUGGAGCUGAGGAGUACCCAGCAGUCUCUGGGAAAACAGCAAGAGAAGCUAAAGAGGAAGCAGCCAAGCUUGUAUAUGACAUGAUAUGUGGCAAAAAAGCUACAGAUACUGCAGAUGAGAAUCGCAGCUAUGCAGCAGGUCAGCAAAGUGAGGACUUAAAUGAAAGUGUUUCUGAUGUGUGUAACAUGACUGUGAACACCAAGGACUCCAGGCUUGCACAGGAAAAUUAUAUCGGACUUGUGCAUGACUACUGUCAGAAAAAAAACAACGGCCACCCUAGAUUUAUUGAAGACAAGAUAUCUGGUACACCUGAUAAGCGUCAAUUUUUCUACAAAUUAAUGAUCGACAACAAGGAAUACCCAGUGGGUAAGGGUAGGAGCAUCAAGGAAGCCAAACAAAACGCAGCUCGGCUGGCCUGGUCUCUUCUUCAGGGGCAGGCAGGCGAGGAUGCUGUUCAAGACAAGAAUGUGGGAAACAGCCAGACUGAGGGAUCGACUGUGUCACGGUUUACUUCAGAAUUUGAACCCUUAGAGUGUCUCGGUAAAGGCGCCUUUGGUUCUGUUCACAAAGUGAGACAUAAAAAGCUGAAGAAAGAAUAUGCUGUGAAGAUCGUCUGCUAUAAAGAAAAAGCUCUUCGAGAAGUGAGCGCAUUAUCAGACCUCUUCCACCGUAAUAUUGUUAGAUAUUACACAUUUUGGGAGGAGGAUACUAGAUAUGAAGUGGACCUUAGCUUUGACAGUUACAGCUCUUCACACACUGCAGAUAAUUCAGAGGCAAAGUUCCUCUAUAUUCAGAUGGAGUUAUGUGCUAAAAACACACUUAAAGACUGGAUUGAUGAGAAGAAUGCUCAGGGUCUGCAAGACUCCAAGAGAAGAGAAGAAAGCCUCAGAAUUGCUCAAGAAAUAGUUUGCGGAGUUGAAUAUAUUCACUCCAAGAACCACAUCCACAGAGACCUUAAGCCUGCAAACAUCAUGUUUGGAAUGGAAGGAGAGGUGAAGAUUGGGGACUUCGGUCUGGUCACCAGUGAUGAUGAUGAUGAUGCUUUGGUGGAGAGAACUGUGUACAAAGGAACUCCAUCUUACAUGGCUCCGGAACAAAAGAGUGAGCGGCAGUACGACAGGAAAGUGGACAUGUUUGCUUUGGGGCUGAUUUUCUUUGAACUCCUUUGGAAGCUCUCGACCGGCUCGGAAAGAGCAAAGAUUUGGCCUGACCUCAGAAAGCAGAACUUCCCUGAAGAGUUUUCAGUGAUGUUUACCAAAGAGAAGCAAAUAAUUAACUCAUUGCUGUGUGAGAAGCCAGAAGACCGACCUGAUGCAGGUGCCCUGAAGGCAGUGCUUGAAGAGUGGACUCAGAUCUACAACGGACAAAAAUCCCUUUGCCAGGAAAAUCAAACCAGUUUCACCUCUGGCCCGUGUCGAGAUGUCAUUCCAGGAUUCUGGGGUGCCUGCGCAUCCUGUGAUGGGGUGAGGCACUCAACGAAAUUUAAAACUGUGUGCACGUUCCGCUGCACUACAGAAAUUAUUUAUGCAAUUGGGGCUUUACGAUUCAAGAUGGGGAGGAAACAGGCCAUAGCACGACUCAAGGAGUAUGCACGGAGAAGCGGCUCGGAGCUGAAGUUUGUGGUGGUUUCGAUGGGACAGGACGAUAAAAGGGUCGUCAUGAGGGUUGUGAUCAAUGGCUGUUCAUUUCCUGAUGGUGUCGGGGAGAACACAAAAGAAGCCAAGCAGAAUGCAGCUCGAAGUGCCCUGAGGAAUUUGAAUGAUAAGGAAAAUCAGAUCCCUGUGAUGGAAACAAAAGAUCCUAAUGUGCAACCUUAUCGCAAGAACUUAAGAACCAGGCUGUUUGAUAAUUUACCUGAAUGUAAACCUACAUUGGUGUCCUGCACAGUUGUGACUGAAGAUGAUGCCUCAACUGGGCCACCCGCACCGCAGACUGUGCUGGAUUCCUGUGGUGCUUCAUCCGUACCUGUGGCAAAGGCUUGCAAUUCAUCAAAAAACCCCAAGGUUACGCAGUGUCCUGAAGAAAAGGAUUCACUUAACACUCCCAGUGAGAUAACUUCAGGCAUCUCAGAAAUUGUCAGCCAUUCAGGAUUUGACUGCGUCACGCUGAUCGGUAAAGGCGCCUUUGGUCGAGUAUACAAGGCUAGACAUAAACUGGUGGGAAAGUAUUAUGCGAUUAAGGUCAUCCCCUGCAAAGAGAAAGCUCUACGAGAGGCCGAGGCGUUGUCAGUCCUCGACCACUUGAACAUUGUUAGAUACCACGCAUGCUGGAUGGGGGAUUCGGGAUGCCAGUCGGACGGCAGUGACAGCAGCUGCAGCUCUUCACAGUCUUCCAGUGGUUCAUCGACGAUGUUCCUCUAUAUUCAGAUGGCACUGUGUGACACCAAAACACUUGGAGACUGGAUAUAUGAGAGGAAUAUGGAGAAAUCAUCGCCAAACUCCAAGAGAAGAGAAGAGAGUCUGAAUAUUGCUCAGCAGAUGGUCAAAGGAGUCGAGUACAUUCACUCCAAGAAGUUCAUCCACAGAGACCUGAAGCCUUCCAACAUCCUGUUUGGGCAGGAUGGAAAAGUGAAGAUCGGAGACUUUAGUCUGGUCACAACUGAUAAUGCCGACGAUGACAAGACCCCGAUGGAAAGAACUUUAGACAAGGGAACACCACUUUACAUGGCUCCUGAACAUGAGAGCGGGAAGACCUAUGACAGAAAGGUUGACAUCUUUGCUUUGGGGCUGAUUUACUUCGAGCUUCUUUGGAGGAUCCCCACUUGUCACGAAAGAGGCAAGAUUUGGGGUGACCUCAGAAGACAGAAACUUCCCCGAAAGUUUGCACACAGUUUUACCCCCGAGUACAUCAUCAUUAAAUUAAUGCUGAGUGUGAAGCCGGAAGAGCGACCUGAAGCGUGUGAGGUCGUAACUGAGCUGGACGAGUGCGCUCACAAGCUAAACAUUGAAGAAAUAGUGCGUCGUGGACGCACCACUGUGUGAAUAGGGAAUUCCAUCUAUAUAGUGUUAGGGAUUAUUUUUUACCCAAAGAAUAAAAUGUUUAAAAGUAAACUUCAGGAAAUUAAUUAAUAAACAGUGGAUCAACCAAAUAAUAAACAAUUAAAUAAUACAUUGGACAGAGAGCAACAGAUAGAAAGUGACAGACUAACUUCUCAGUCUCAGUGCAUCUUAUCUUGAAGGUUCGGCCACAGUACGUACAAUUAAAACAUCACCAACCUCACCAUGUUCUGUUAUUAAUCUGGACAAGAUUGCUCUGUAUGACUAAUUAAAAGAUCAGGGAAGAAGAUGUGCUUUUUGUCUCUAUUGCUGAUGAGAGGAAUCUGGGUCAUGAAAAACCAGCUUGGACAAGACCAAAUGACAAAGGCCAACUCGCAGCACCCAGAAUCUGCUUACAUGUAGAUCAGGCUUGCCCAAACUCAGCCCACUGGCUGCUUACGGCCCCGCCCCCUACUUCCAGUCUGCGAAUUGAUGUCAAAAAUACCAUACAAUUUGGCCCUUUAAGUGUCUUUUUUGACAUUUUGCCUUCCCCUCCAAUUAAGAGGGUUAAGCGAAAAGCCAAAAAAAGUAAGUAGUUUGGGCACCCCUGAUGUAGAUAAUUGGCAGUAUAUAGAUGUUAUGUUAAAGAAGAACAUGGGCUCAGGGAGGGAGAGAGAGAGCACACACAAGCCUGUCUCUUCCCCUGAGUCCCCCACAUGCAUGUGUGAUAAUAUCUGAUUCUUUAAUAUAUUAAAUGUCUUACAUUCUUUUUUAAAGUGUUUCAGGUGUCUCCCUUCACAAACAAAUCACACGACCUGUCAAUAUGUUGGAAUAAAUCCUGUUCAUACUUGACUUUCAGGAAGAUGUUAAAUAUU